AUGUUUGAGGAGGCCGAGGGGGGGCUGUUUGACGUGAUUCGUGCCGACGUGGUGACGUCGCGCGGGCGUUCAAAGGGGAUGGCCACGGUGGAGUUUGCCACUAAAGACGACGUCGACCGCGCCAUCAGAUUAUUUGACCGCAAGGUGAUGAACGGGCGGGAAAUCUUUGUGCGCCAGGACUACCCGCCUCCCGGUGGCGAUGGCGACGACGGCGACGACCGGGGCGACCGCCGUGAUCGUCGUGGUGACCGCUACGACCGUGAUAGCCGUCGUGGCGACCGCUACGAGCGCGACGAACGCCGGGAUGACCGUCGCGACGACCGCCGUGAGCGCCGCAAUGAUCGCCCUACUUACGAUGGCCCCAUCACUCCCGAAGUGUUCAUUGGCAACAUCCCGUUCCAAGUGACCCGCGACGAGCUCGGCGACCUCUUCCUGGAAGCAGGUAAGGUGGAGCUGGUGGAAAUCCGUACCGAUGGCAACGGCCGUCUGCGCGGGUUCGGCACGGUGGUGUUCUCCAACGAAGAAGAGGCGCAACGGGCCAUUGAACGGUUCGCUGGCUACCAGAUCGGCGGCCGUCGUCUCGACACUCGUCCUGGCCAUGGUGGCCGCAUUCAAACCCGCGAGCGCCCACCUAAAGAACGGGGGAUUAGAGGUUCUAAUACUGAGUUCACCGAGGGCGUUGUUGGCCAGGGUGACCCCAGCGACAUCAUCUUUGUCGGUAACUUGCCGUUUGAAACGUCGCAAGACGACUUGUUCGACUUGUUCGAAACCGUCGGGCGUGUGGUGAAAGCUGAACUCCAAUUCAACCAACGGGGCCAACUGCUGGGCACCGCCGUGGUGCAAUUUGACCUGGAAGAGCUUGCUCUGCUGGCGAUCCAGCUGUUGGACGGCUACAACUACGGUGGCAGGCCGUUGGCGAUUAGCUACGCCACUCGCCGAAUCGGUGGCGGUGGUGACGAUGCGGAUUUGGCUGGUGGUGCUGCCGAGGCAGUGGAAGUGGCUGAAGGUGAGCCGGUGUAUGACGACGCCGAAAUGGUAUAA